AGCUGUGCCUUCAACAUUUGCACAUUAUGAUGGAAAAUAUCCUUUAGGAAAUGGAAAUUCAACUGCAGCAGGGCUGGAAUAGAAAGAGGGGGACCUGUUCCAGCAGUGGCUUCUAGGCUUGAAAGGAGAGGGGAAAGAAGCUACAGUAAACAACAUCUAGUUUAUUUAAAGUGUGUGUAUCUGGAAAACGGGUGAGGGCAGUCUUCCCGGCAUGGCCCAGAUGCUGCAGCUGCACCUUGGAACCUGUCUGUGGGCAGCUUUGGUGCUCUCUGUGUUUGCAGGACCUUAUCGGCAGACAGAUCACUUCAGAGAUCUUGCAGACUCAAAUGGAUCUGAGAAUGCUAGCAUCAUGCUAGAGUUACUUUGGGCAGGCAUUGAAAUUAUGACCAAUGACUCAAUCAGGAUUCAGGAUGAAGAGGUGGCCUCGCUGCGUCCUGCCCAUCGGUUACUCCAGGUCUUUCAGCAUGAGAUUCCAAAACACCCAGCUGGGAUUGAGGAACACCUGGACCAUCUUUCACAAUCUGAUACUCCUAUAACUCCAGAGGAAUUUGAGCAGCUCAUUUUCACUACCGUCUACUGCGCUUACCAGAUUCGUACCAUCCAAGGCCUGGAGAAAAACCUCUGGAUCAACCUAUUCUCACAGUUGGUUACUGAAAUCAUCCGUGAGCUCUGCAAACAAGUCUGCCCUGUGGAAUCUAUGGAUUCUCUUCAGCUUCUGGCUUUGAGGCCCUGGCAGGAAAUGCCUUUCUUUAUUACUGUACUGAAAAACUCCUACCAGUCCAAGCUAACCAUGACCUGAAGACCCUGUGUAAGGAAACUUCAGAGGCAAAGUCAUAUAUUAAUCUUGCAAUGCUUACAUUAAUAUGUGCAUUACUAUGGAAUGUGCACAUUUUAGGUUCAUGGAUUUCCUUUAUAUUAUUCAGGAUUGGGCACAGAAAUGUCACCUUUCCUGUUAGCUUAAAAAAAUAAAGCUGGGUGCACACGCGCACAUAAACACACGUGCAUGCAUGCGCAAGCGUGUGCCCCCCCAGCUCAAGGCUUAGCCUCUUUUCUGUGGUUCUCCCUGUAAGUUAUGCAGUUCAGAAAGAGCAUGGCUUUUCUCAUAUGGCACUGGGAAACACCAAGCCCCUUGGUUAAUGGGACUGUGAACACACAUGAAGCUGCCUUAUACUGCAUCAGGUCAUUGGUCUUUCAGAGUCAGUAUUGUCUGCUCUGGCUGGCAGCAGCUCUCCAGGGUCUCAGGCAGAGGUCUGUCACAGAUUUUUAAAAUGAGUUUCUGGGAACUGAAGGCUGCUGUCAUUUGCUGCUACUGUUCAAGGUCUGCACUAGGCAGUCGUCUGGGACUGUCCAACGGGACGGCUGCCUCUGUUCCUGCAGCACCAACACCUGCUAAAGUAUACCCAGAUUAUUUUCUUCAGGGGCCUGUCUUUCAAAGGCUACUUUCCUUAUCAAUCCAUAUAAUAGCCAACCUAGUGAUAAUUCUUUUCUGUCAUGUAUAUAAUACAAUCAUAUGCUUUAAUUGUUAGAUUAAACCUACUAAAGUUUCAGUUGAUGAACUUGUGAGGACAUCUUUAAUGGUUGGAGUUGUAAGGGCAUACUUGUUUAUUUUCCCAGCUAUUUUUGUUCUGGUGUGUAACUGUAAUAGAGAACGAAAUAAAACUAAAGAUGGCAUUUCCUUUUAUGCUCAUUUAUUUGAACUAGCUAGCACUUGUUAAUUAAAAAGUGGGUGAUUAUCUAAUACUAUUUUAGAAUUAACCUUAAGUCCAGCAUGAGUAUUCUUUUCUCCUGAAUUGGUUAAGUGAGGCAAUUAGAUGUUCUUGAUCGAAUACCACAUUAAAUAUACAAG